AGCUUCCUGGGGACGGGUUCUAGGCCAGAUGCUUGAAAAACCGGCGCUAGGACCCUCGGGCAGAGCCUGGGAAGGUAGCCAGGAGGGGAAAUGCCUUACAUGGUUCCCCUCCGCGGUCACCAUCUGAGCCCGUGCCCAAAAUAGCCCCUGGCACCAGCUGUCCUGUCUUAAUGGCGGGGAGAUGUCUGCUGCCUCCGAACCCGUAGGGCUGAGUGGACCUUGGGGCCCUGCGCUCCCGGAGCCCCAUCCCAUCCGCUUCCACCCGGUGCAUGGCGCCAACAUCCGCGUGGACCCCUCGGGGACGCGAGCCACACGCGUGGAAAGUUUCGCUCACGGUGUGUGCUUCAGUCGCGAGCCGCUGGCCCCUGGCCAGGUUUUCCUGGUGGAGAUCGAGGAGAAAGAGCUGGGCUGGUGCGGGCAUCUGCGGCUCGGCCUGACCGCGCUGGACCCAGCCAGGCUGGCCCCGGUGCCCGAGUUCUCACUGCCGGACCUGGUCAGCCUUGGCCACACCUGGGUCUUCGCUAUUACGCGCCACCACAACCGCGUGUCCCGGGAAGGCCACUCCGAGGCGGAGGUAGCGGCCCCCAGCAGACCCCCAACCCUUUUGUUGGAACCGUAUCUGUGCAUUGAGCAGUUCCGAAUCCCGCGGGACCGCCUGGUGGGCCGCAGCCGGCCAGGGCUCUAUAGCCAUCUCCUGGACCAGCUCUACGAGCUGAACGUGCUGCCUCCUACCGCGCGCCGAAGCCGCCUGGGUGUUCUCUUCUGCCCGCGUGGGGAUGGGACCGCCGACAUGCACAUUGUCAUCAACGGGGAGGACAUGGGUCCCAGCGCCCGCGGGCUGCCAGCUGCUCAGCCUCUCUAUGCAGUGGUAGACGUGUUUGCCUCCACCAAGACUGUGCGCCUGGUCCAACUGGAGUAUGGCUUGCCGUCCCUACAGACUCUGUGUCGUCUAGUGAUCCAGAGGAGUGUGGUGAACCGGCCGGCCAUUGACGGGCUCCACCUGCCCAAAGGACUUAAGGAUUUCUGCAAGUAUGAAUGAAGGUCUACAGCCUCCAGAGCAGGGCCACAGAAAUGCACUGUGACCCCAGAACUGUGGCUGGUCCAAAGCUGACCACAUUGCUGCCAACCAGGCCCAGAAAUAAAUAAUUGAUGUGGACGCUCUGA